AUGUAUCCACGUUCUGGACCAUCGACAACAAUGCAAUCGUCUCAAUUCGAUUUUAGUGUUAAUGAUGUAUGUGAUCGUUUAGAAAAAGAAUUUUCUCAUAUUCAAGGCCAAUGUCAACAGCUACGUUUGGAAUGUGAAAAAUUAUCGCAAGAAAAGAAUGAAUUUCAACGACAAUACUUUCUUUACUACGAAAUGUCCUAUCGUUUAUCGUAUGAAAUGCAUAAACAAACAGAAAUCACGAAGAGACUUAUCAAUUUGUUACAUCAAAUAAUACCAUUUCUUACACCAGAACAACAGCAACAAGCCAUUCCGGCAUUGGAACGAGCAAAACAAGUGACAAUGAAUGAUUUAAAUAGCGCCAUCCAACAACAGUUUCAUGCCCAAGCAACAGCUGCCGCCUUGGCCGCGGCGAGCGCUGCUCAACAUCAAUCGCCACCAGCUACUGGCAAUUCAGUCGGUGGACCAACAACACCUGCGGGCACGCCACAUCUACAAUUACCUGGCAUGUUGCCCACAGGUGUUUCAGCUGCAAAUCUAGCAGGUUUGCCACCCGGAUUGUUGAGUUAUACAAGUGUUCUAAGUGGUUUAGCCAAUCAAUACGGAAAUAAUACGAGCACGGGAGCUUCUUCUACCACCACACCUACAACGACUUUAUCGUCUGCUGGUUUAAAGGAAGAAAAAGAUCCAACAAACUCAUCAUUUUCACCAAGCUUAAGACAAAAUAAUAAUUCGGUACAGAAUGAUAAAACCGGGCGAACUAGUACCCGUUCUCCGUUAUGCACACCGAAUUCGUCACAUAAUCAUCACUCUAAAUCCUCCACAAAUAAACAUCGUUCUUCUUCCUCAUCUUCAACGUCAAAUUUAUCAAAACAUCGUAGUUCACAUCAAACACAACGUCAUCAAUCUCAGACAGACUCUCGUAAUCAAGACAGACAACAAGAACGUCAACAACAACAAGCUGAUAUAAGCGAUAGUGAACGAAGUGAAGCGGGGGAUCUUGUUAUUGAUACAAGUGUUGGUCAGCAGCGAUCGACAUCUAGUCAUAGUGAACAAACAUCAACAAAAUCACAUAGUCAUCAUCAAAAUCAUAAUACCAAUAAUAAUCACCAUGAAAACAACAAUAAAGAAGGUAAAUCUCAUGCUAACGGCGGUUUGUUACUAUUAAACGGUGUGAAAACCGAAGCAUUAGAUGAUAACACAGCUCCCACCACAAGUCUUAUCUCAUCGAAUGGAAAUAAUUCUUUAACUCGCAAUCGACGUGACCGUAGUCCGAUGUCAGACAAAGAUUCACAGCGUAGCACACCAUCGUUAAAACGAGAGAGAACAACACCCGUAUCAAAAGCAGUAACACCAACAACGAGCGGUUCACAAGCACAAAUGAUGCCAACAGCUUCAUUGAUGCCGGCUGCUUUAGCUGGACGAAUAGGUAUGUGGUUUUAUCCAAUCUAUGAAUGUCACAAUGAAAGUGUGCCACCAGGAAGCUUUGGUUUCCCUGGAGCAUUCCCAACAUCAGCACAAGAAGCUCAAGCAUUAGCAGCUGCAGCCGCUUUCGGUCUGACACCAAAUGCUCUUCAUCAUUCAGGAGCGUUGAUGAACUCGCCAUUUGGACCGUCACCAUUUCAUGCAUUUUCUCAAGUGGAUGUUGCUGCAGCACAAGCGCUUAUGGCACAUCAACAUGGAUUAUUACAAUCUUCACAUCAACAACAACAAGCUGCAGCUGCUGCUGUAGCCGCUGCUCAACGAAAUGCCGGUGCUGGAGGUGGAAAUCAUUUGAUGAAUCAAGCCUAUUCAUUUUUUACAACGACGGAUCCAAACGGAAAUCAAAUAACAACACCAAUAACAAUGUCACCAGAAACAGCGUUAGGUGGUGUAAAUAUACCAAAUUCGGCGAGAGAAUUAGCAACAUUAUUACAUGGAGAAGUGGUUUGUGCUGUAACAAUCAGUGAACAAUCGAAACGAAUCUACACGGGUUGUGUUAAAGUCUGGGAUUUAAAACAAACCGGCGCCAUUCGUCAACCAUUAUGUAAUUUUAAAUGUUUGAAUGAUGACAGUUAUAUUCGAUUUUGUAAACUAUUGUCAGAUGAUCGAACUCUUGUUGUCGGUGGUGAAGCAAACAUUAUUUCAAUUUGUGAUCUAUCUUUCACACAAUCAUCAACGCCUAACAACAAUUCAUCACCGACAUCACAAUCACAAUCAUCGCUACAAUCACCACGUAUUAAAGGUGAAUUAAAAUUGAGUGCACCCGCUUGUUAUGCUUUAGCAAUUGGACCACAAGAUUCAAAAUUAUGUUAUUGUUGCUGUUCAGACGGUACAAUAGCCAUUUACGAUAUACAUAAUCAAGAAUUAAUUAAACAAUUUCAAGGACAUACAGAUGGAACAUCGUGUAUCGACAUAUGUCCAGAUGGAAAAAAAAUGUGGACAGGAGGACUUGAUAAUACUGUUCGUUGUUGGGAUAUAACAAGUGGUAAACAACAAGAAAUAUAUGAUUUUCAAUCACAAAUAUUUACACUUGGCUAUUGUCCAUCGGGUGAUUGGUUAGCUGUUGGAAUGGAAUCGAGUCAAGUUGAAUUAAUUAAUAUUAAUAAAAAACAAGAUAAAUAUACGUUGAAUUUACAUGAAUCAUGUGUUCUCUCAUUAAAAUUUUCCCAUCAAGGGAAAUGGUUUAUAUCAGCUGGCAAAGAUAACUUUAUUCAUGCGUGUAAAACACCACAAGGCUUUUUAUUAUUUCAAUCAAAAGAAUCUAGUUCAGUUUUAUGUUGUGACAUUUCAACAGAUGAUAGAUAUAUAUUAACCGGGUCAGGUGAUAAAAAAGCAACGUUAUACGAAGUUAUGUAUUAA